AUUCUUAGGCACCAUUCAGUGCUGCCCAACCUCUCAUCUUCCCUCCUCAAUGCAGCAUUAAGUGAACUGGGGCACCCUCUCUUUUCUCCUCUUAUUUGGUCUCAAUUGUCGACCUGCACAAUUAGAUGAAGCCUUCUAGUUCAAGACAAACCUUUUCAAGAAAAGAAAAUGGGCGUCAAAACAAAAGAAGCAUUAGCUUUCAUAUUUGCAUCACUGGCCUCCGCCAUGAUUGUAGUUGCCAAACCCCUUGUUCCCGCACUGAUAAUUUUUGGCGACUCGGACGUGGAUGUCGGGAAUAACAACCACCUAUCAACCUUUUUCAAAGCCAAUUUUGCACCUUAUGGGAGGGAUUUUGCCAGUCAUCAAGCCACUGGAAGGUUCUGCAACGGAAAGCUAGUUACUGAUUUUACAGCUGAUACUCUGGGCUUCACUUUCUAUCCGCCAGCAUAUCUUAGCCCCCAUGCAUCAGGGAAGAGCCUUCUCAUUGGAGCCAACUUUGGUUCUGCUGGAUCUGGCUACGAUGAAAAAACUGCCUCCAUAAAUCAAGCUAUAUCAUUGCGGCGGCAAUUCCAAUAUUUCAAGGAGUAUAAAAGCAAGCUAGAAAAAUCAGCAGGCACCAGAAAAGCAGCAUCGAUCAUCGGGGAUGCUCUGUAUAUUUUGGGCACUGGUAGCGGUGACUUUUUACAAAAUUAUUACUUCCAUCCUGCACUUAACAAAGUCUACACCCCUGCUCAGUACUCUUCCUACCUGGUCGGCAUACUCUCCAACUUCGUCAAGGAAUUGUAUGGGUUGGGAGCCAGGAGAAUUGGAGUGACUUCAUUACCGCCACUGGGUUGCCUCCCAGCAGCCAGAACUUUAUUUGGAUCCACCCGCCAGAGUGGAUGCGUUGCUCAUCUCAACACUGAUGCCCAAGGAUUCAAUCAAAAGCUCAACUCCACCGCAAUCCAGCUUCAGAAGCGGCUUCCAGGCCUCAAAUUAGCUGUCUUCGACAUUUUCAAGCCCCUCUACGACGCUGUCAAAUCUCCUUCAGAUUAUGGUUUUAAAGAAGCAACCAGAAGUUGUUGCAGUACAGGGACAGUUGGGAAAACUGUAUUCUUGUGCCGUUCAAGAUCAUCACGAAGCUGUAGCAACGCAACCCAAUAUGUAUUUUGGGAUGGGGUACAUCCUUCUGAGGCAGCUAAUCAGCUUCUUGCCGAUUCAGUACUCUUACAAGGCAUCAGCCUGAUAGGAUGAGUUCCAACUUUUCUUUGACUAGGUGCAUUUGCGAACUCUACCAAAGAAAAAGGACGGGGAAAAAAAAAAAGAAAGAAAAAAGGGUGCAUCUGUAAGAGCUAGGCCUGUCAUAAAAUUUUGUUUUCCCACUUUUUCUGUAUUCCGAUUGCCAGUGGAUUCUGCUGUACUUUCAAUGACGUCUCUAUAUUCCAAGUACGUGCCUUAAUUUUGAUAAA